UGGGCCAGGGCCCUCAGACUUUAUAAGAGCCAAGCUGUCGGGGGCCAGAACUCAGAAAACCACAAAAUGGAGAGUCUGCGCUGCAAGAUCCUACAGACGGCUGUGCUGCUGGUACUGGUAGCGUUCCAGAUCGGAGCGGAGCAUCUGGGCAGCGAAGAUUGCGGGUGCGGCAGGCGAGGAUGAGCGGGAUGCGGGAUGUGGGAUGACAUCUCCAGAAGAAAUUCACCAGAACAUCAAUAAACAAGCGACGAGCAAUGCACUACAUUUUUCAAAAA